AACAAAUACGGGUUUAAUGCAACAUCAUUAGCUUUCUUGGGAGAGCAGGUAUCCAAAUAUAUAUUUUUAAAAUUAAGCCUCGUCUAUUUGGUUGAAUUUUUUUGAAAUUUUAAAACAUGUUUGAGGAUAAGGAUCUACCUGCUGCGGCAAUAAACAGGAUUGCUAAGCAAGCUGUCCCAUCGCAUAUAAAUAUCGCCAAAGAAGCAAAGGCUGCGCUUUUAAAGGCGUCCACCCACUACAUACUCUAUGCUACCUCCAUAGCCGCAGAGAUUGCCUUUGAAAGAAAAAGAAAAACGGUUUCUGCUGAGGACGUGCUUCAAGCUUUGAAAAGAAUGGAAUUUGAUGAUUUUAACGAAGUCCUUGAGGAAAGCUUGAAACUGUAUCGGGAAUCUCAAACAAGCAAAAAGAAGGUCAAAGUUGACGCAUCUAUUUUAAGUAGAGAAGGGGAUAGUGAAGAAAUUGAAGGCGAGGAAGAUGAGGAGGAAGACUAUGAAAAUAACACCGAUGAAGAAAAGGAGCAAAGAAGUCAGAAUAUAGAUAGUGACGACCGCACAGUGGAGUUUGAGAGGGCCGAAAAAGUUGAAACAAUUGAAAACCUACAAAACAAUUCUUUUUGA